AUGUUGUCAGCCACUGGUCGUAUUGUACCGGUAAGCACGAGAUUUGUUUAUCCUCGCUUACUACAGCGAUCCCUGGCAGAAGUAGUCUCGGAUCGUCCACAAUUUGAUCCCAUUGUCGCUCGAAAAAAAUUCAAAGAGACGCAUAAUCAUUCAACGAUGUUCAAGAUCGAGAAGUACUUUUCGGCUGCAAUGCUUCCACUUCUUCCAGCUGCUUACUUUAUCCAUGGACCAGUCAUGGAUACUGCUUUGGCAGUUGCAAUCACAUUGCAUGUCCACUGGGGUCUUCAUGGUGUACUGAGUGAUUAUGGUCGUGCAUUUGUGCUUGGGACAACAGCUGCAAAAAUUGUCCAGGGACCAGUUUCCUACAUACUUAGCAUUUGUCUUCUUGCUGGUUUGCUGCAUUUCAAUUCCUAUGAUGUUGGCAUAACGAAAGCAUUUGAAAUGGUCUGGUCUUUGUAA